UCAACAAAUAUAGCCAAUGCCACGGAAAGCUUCGGGGUGAACUUCCCGCCUGCGUCAGUCUUGCAUGAGCUGCCCGAACCCAUUCAGCGACGCUUGCUCAACUCUUGCGUGACCGGGGGCCGCACUAUGAGGGAUAUUUAUGGCGCGACACCGAUCUUCGUCGUGGUUGCGGCCAUUCGCCACGGCCCCAGCAUCCUGGCCUCCAACCUGUCUCAGAACAUCACCAACAAGGCAGUCAUCUCGGCGCUGCUGCUCACCUUCAACUACCCCGCGCUCUUCCAGGCAGCUGAGCAGCAGGCAGACCCCACAACCGCGGAGGGUGGCGGCUUGUUCCAUGCCUACUUCUUCUUCCAGAUGACGUCCGUGCUCUGCGCCUUUGCGGUCAUGCUAUCAGCCGCCAUCUUCGUGUCUCACGUGCUGCGCACCGGCCAGCAGGUGGACUCCCUUAUCACCUAUCUGAGCCAGGCGCUGUGGGUGGACAACACCUUCAACGAGGCAGUGUUCAUUGCGCAGUGUCUCUUCACGAUUCUGGCGGUAGUGCUGUACGUCUGUCUCAACUACCCGGGGACACUGGCUUGGGUGCUGACAGGCCUAUGCGGGCUCCUGGCGCUCAGUCUGGUGCUGAUGCUGCUGUGGAGCACGAGCAUCUUCCAUGCGACCGGCCAGCGCGAGUGGGACGAGCUGGUGGCGGCGGAGGACGAGUUCCGGGCCUACGCGAAAGCAGAGGCGGCGGCGCACUCCGACAGCGGUGGCGGCGGCGGUACGGCAGUCGUUGGGGUUGCGAACCUGAAGGGCGGCGUUCACACUGAGAAGGUGGCGGUGGCGGCCACGAAACCACGCGUCGCGGCGGGCAUUGGCUCCGAUGGUGACGAGAGCUGAAGAGCGACAGGCAGGCGUUGGAAGGGGCGGGGCAGGCGGUGGCAGGGGGCAGGGACGUGGCACGGGACGUGGUGGAGGGCGUGGCACGGGGCGGACAGUGUCAACGCUGGGUGAUGAGACUGAUGACUUCAGAGGUGGGCACUCGCGGUCGAAGAGUGCCAGGUAGUCAUGUUUGGGGGAGGGAAGCGCCAGGCUAGCUCUGGGGCCUAGAAGUUAGAGGCCUGCCAACAGAGCUGCACGGCCCACUGAGUGAGAAGAUAAGUGGCUUGUGCUGCUCGUGUGCACCUUUGCAGUACCAACGUGCGCACUGCCGGUGUGCGCGCGCGCGCGUGUGUGUGUGUGUGUGUGUUAAAAAACGAAACGAAAGCCCGUGUGUGUGUGUGUGUGUGUGUGUGUGUGUGUGUGUGUGUGUGUGUGUGUGUGUGUGUGUGUGUACAGGCAGCACAGGCAGUACAGGCAGUAUGUCUUGGUAUGCAUGUCAGGCUGAUGCGCGUGCCUCUGGAUACUGCGGGUUGGCGAGGGCGCCGCGCCAGCCACCCAAGCUGAAGUUUAGUGGUCAUCGUGAAAGGGCAUUGAUGGAUGAUUCCCGUUAUUGAGGGUUUGCGAGCAGGGCAGCGCCAUUUCGCGGGUGUAGGCGGACAUUCACGGAUUCAAUGGGAUUAUAACCGCGUAGCCUGCUGCGUGUUAUGGACUUGUAUAUUAUCUUGAAAGCGCGGUUUGUGACGUGCGGCCUUGAAUAAUCACGGCAGGACGACACGUUGAAUGUGUACUGCAAUCCGUGAUGGCGAGGGUCUGCACUUUAAAGGAUGCAUGCUGGACAGGUCAUGUUCUGGAUGGGGGAUUGGGAUGGUUCUU